AUGGCAGCAAGUGAAGAAAGAAUGGCACGAGCAUGUGCGGCAAUGGAAAGUUUGUAUGGCACUCCAGCAAAAGCAGUGAGGAACGCGGUAAAGCAACUUUUGAAAGUUUACAAUAACAAAUGGGAUUUUAUUGAGGAUAAUAAUUACAAUGUUGUUUUCGAGUAUGUACAAGAGGAUAUAAAAGAUCAGGAAGAUAAGAAUGCAAAAUUGAAGAGGAUUGAAUCUGAUGAUGAGAUAGAUAUCCUGGGUUUAAGAAAUUAUGGGACUUCCGGUAGUAAAGCAAAAGGACUUAACAAUCUUCAGAUUCAAGUUUAUGAUCAAAAUGUAAAAGUAAAGGACCAGGUUAUUGAGUUAUGCUCUGAUGAUGAUGAGGGACCAGAUAUUCCACCGAAAAGGGGAUGGAGGGAGAUAAAAGAGGAGUCUGUUCAACCAUAUCCCUGUAAAAGACCAAAGACAUCUAACUCUGGGACAGCCAAGGAUAAAGAAAAAGAAGCAGAUGAUCUUCAGAUUCAGGUUUAUGAUCAGAGUGGAAAAUUCAGGAACAAUAUUGAGUCCUGGUUUAGAUCUGAUGAUGAGCAAGAAGAGGUUCCAAUGAAAAGGAACGAAACCAGGAAUUUAACACAAAGGCGAGCACUCUUAACUGAUAUUGUUUCUUCUAAGAAUGAGCUCACAUUGUAUGAAGAGGACCAGAGACAGCCAUUCCUUGAAUCUAUAUCAUCAGAUAAUGAGACUCCUAUUGCUGUUAACCAUCAAGAUUGUCCAGAAACUUUACCUGGAUUUGUUUCUUCUAGUGGAAAAAAUACUAAUAGUAAGUUGGAGGGGUCUAUUUUGGAGUCUAAAAUUCUAGAUUUGAGGGGUGAAUGUUCUCAUAAUUCUGAAACAUCACAGUUUGAUAUUGUUUCAUCUGACAAUGGAGCCGUCAAAAUCUCCUUGCUAUACAACUCUUCUAGAAAAGCCAAUUUGGACAGACCAAAUCUGAAAGCAGUUACAAAGAGAGUAGAGAAUAAAUACCGAAAAUUCUAUGGAAUCACAGAUCCAGAUUUCUCUGUGAUGAAGCUGAUGGAAGAUAUUUGCAAAUGCUUUUCGGAAAUAGCAGGAGGUAAUAAAGGGGGUAGUGAACGGGUAACACAAAUUUCCAGUACAUAUAACAAUUCUGGCGGACAAGAUAAUGUAAACACCAAAGAUGCCUGCCAAGACAGCUCUAGCAUGCAGCCAAGCCAUACAAAUGAAUCUGCUCUGACUUCAAAUACAUUUGAUAAAGAAACCCAAAUCUCCCAAGUGGUAACUCUUGAUGUUCCAAGUCACGUUAAUGGCUGCAUUGACAGACACACUAGGAAUUUUUGUUUUGUAACUGAAAUGGAGACAAAAGUCAUUAUCAAUAAGGCUUCAAACUCAAGCAGAUUGAAGGCUGUUAUGAAGCAUCGGAAUCAUCUGUCAGACAUAACCCGUGGUGAGGAAAAUGUGCAAAUUCCCUUGUUAAAUGACAAUGGUGCCAAGGAAUUGCCAAAAUUCUUUUACAUUUCUAAGAACGUAGCAUUCAAAGAUGCCUAUGUGACUUUUUCACUAGCUCGAAUAUCUGAUGAGAACUGUUGUUCACAAUGUAUUGGGGAUUGUCUGUCAUCAGAGCUCCCUUGUGCAUGCGCUGGUGAAACUCGUGGGGAGUUUGCUUACACACCAGGAGGAUUGGUAAAAGAAACGUUUCUAGAUGAAGCCAUAACUAUGUCACAGAAACCGAAAAAACAUCACUUUUAUUAUUGUCAAUAUUGCCCAUUGGAGAACAACACAUUAGAAAAGUACAAAAGAAAGAGGUCAUGCAAGGGUCACCUGAUGAGAAAGUUUAUUAAAGAAUGCUGGAACAAGUGCGGAUGCAACAAGAAAUGUGGAAAUCGGGUUGUUCAACGGGGCAUAACAGCUACAUUGCAGGUGUUUAGCACCCCCGAAGGAAAGGGUUGGGGGCUUCGAUCUGUCCAUGCAUUGAAGAAAGGAACAUUCGUUUGUGAGUACGUUGGGGAGAUUGUAACCAAUCAAGAACUACAUUUGCGAAAUAAAAAGAGAAGUGGUAAGGAAGAGCAUACGUAUCCGGUGUUAUUGGAUGCAGAUUGGGGUUCCGAACGUGUUUUGAAGGAUGAAGAAGCUCUUUGUCUGGAUGCGACAAAGUACGGAAAUUGUGCCAGAUUUAUCAAUCAUAGGUGCGUUGAUGCCAAUUUGGUGGAGAUCCCUGUGGAGAUUGAGACUCCCGAUCAUCACUAUUAUCAUCUUGCUUUUUUCACGACUAGAAAUGUUGAACCUAUGGAAGAAUUGACUUGGGACUAUGGUAUCCAGUUUGAUGACAAAAAUCAUCCUAUUAGAGCAUUUAAUUGCACGUGUGGAAGUAAAUUUUGCCGUGACCAAGAAAAGUCGAGUCGAGCUCGAGCU